AUGGCGCCAACCUCCCCUGCACAAGAGGGACCUGCGGCCUCCGCCUUAGAGCGGAUAAGCGAGGAAAUCCGUACCAUGAUGGCAGCUAUGGCAACUAAGGCCGACCUAUUGAUCCUCACUACCACAAUCCAAGAUGCCCUGCGGGCGGAGAUGGCAGGGCAUCAACACGGAGGUGACGACACAGGCAGGCCCCAUCCAGGACCUGGAGCUCGCUAA